CCGCCAUAUCGUGCGACCCGGCAAACGCCACUUCGCCAGUUGCGCGUCCACGCUCGUAUUCGCUCGCCGUCGCCGCACGAAAAUGUGUAUCGCGCCCACAGUGUGAGGAGAAAUAAAAUUAUACAGUGACAGUGAUCCACACAUCUUUACAAAAACAUUUUUAAUUAGCAAUUUAAAAGAAAAAUCAACUCGAACAUGAUGGCUCCCGAGACAGUGGUAGUAGACCAUAACAAAUCGUCGCCACAGCAGGCGCCUCCGCAGCAGCAGCAACAACAAGGCGGAGCUCUCGACUGGAUCAAAAUCAACAUAGAUUACUUUAAAACUCCACCUGGUUUAUUGAAAAUUAUUCAGUUGAUUCUAGGCAUCCUGUGCAUGUCGCUCUCGACAGCCUUGUUCUCUCCGUGGUUCGUGUUCGUGGCAGUGACAAGCUUCAUCACCACCCUUAUGUGGAGUUUCGUCUACCUGCUCAGCAUCCGGGAAGCUCUCAAGAUCCCCGUCAAUUGGGUUUUAUCUGAGCUAAUUAGCGUUGGUGUGGAGGCUUUCUUCUACUUGACUGCGUUCAUCGACAUGUUCGUCAAGACAGCACAAUACUACGGGCCUGCCCACGGCAGUAACGUGGCAGCUGCUGUGUUUGGUAUUUUCAACUGCUUGGCGUAUAUAGCUAGCGCAUUGUUGCUGUACAGGGAACACAGGAACACCGUUCAGACGAAUGCGUGAGGACGGCGGAACGGCGCGGGCGCAGGCCCACGCGACCAAACAGCACGCGACACUGGCGUGCCUCCAGCUAACAACUCAAUUUUUCACUUGUCUUAACUACAUGAAAAUCGCGUAAAUAAGGGUUCUGAUUUUUUCAUUGCAACGGUACCCUAGAAAUCAAAUGACUUUAAAUAAGAAAUCAAACAUUAUAUACAAGUAGAUUCACAUUGAAAAUAAAAUUCAUAUAAGUCUGCACAAAAGUAGAGGCCAUAUUGCGAGGAAACUGUCGGAAACCAUUUUGAAAAACAAAUUUAAGUUAUGAUGCAAUUGAAAGUUUUGUUCAAAUAUUUACUACUUUUAGUAAACAUUUUAUUAAAGUGUAAGUCACGUUUUCAUAAUUAUAAUGAGAAAUAAAACACAUCUCUAUAUAAAAUUAAUUAUUUAUUAAACACUUUGACACAUAUUUUGAUAUGAUUACUAAACCAAUGCGUUUUAACCUGUUAGACAAUCCGAGCCGAAUUAAUUAAAACAAACGAAUUUAAAUUGAAUUUUUGUAAUAAUUCAAAAUAAGUACGUUCUUACAAACUCUCGAUUUUAAAACGGAUAUCACUUUUGACAGUGACACUUAAAUGACACACACUGCGUUCCGUUACAUUCGCUAAUUUCAGUCAAAUCGGAUAAAAACGGAAUGUGUAUUACAAGUUGUUUCAAAAAUGUUUCUACUUCGUGCCUCUGUUCCAUACCAGAAUAUGUUGUUUGUUUAGAAUUUACUAUAUUAUAUUAUAUUUAAUUUUUUUUUCACCGUAAAGGAAAAGGCAAAGGUUUAAAACCACACAGCUAAGUCUUACAGUUUUUAGUGACGUUUUCUGUAGUCAUUGAGGACGUGAUAUUCUUUCAAAAUCGAGAAAAUGAUAAAGCGUACGAAAUGCGGCUCCCUGGGAGAUCCGCCUUAAAUCGGCCGUCCUCAAAAACAAAUGGCCAUAUGUGAAACAAAUGUAUAAUUUCAGAUAGUUUCAUGUUUUACGUGUACUAUUUGAUAUAUUAUAACUUUCUUUAAUGAAGCAGUUUAUAAAUCUAUUCAUGUUUCUAAAUUGCAGCUAAAUUUUGGGAUUGAUGAUGUUUGAAUCUUUUUGAAAUAUAAAAAACAAGAUACUUCAAAGUGUCUCACUUUUUUGGCACUACUUUUUUGUAUCUAAGUAUAGGCACUAAUGUAAGUUAAUGGUAAUUGUAAUGGUUGUUAACCUUGCUAGCCUAGUCUUUUGGAAAUUAAAUAUUUUAUUCGCAUAAAGAUCAUUCUGUAUUUUAAGAGCAUCCGCUUUAUCAAGCAGUUUUAUGGAGCGUGAGAGCCCUAUAUAAAGUUGUCGGUUAAACUAACGCAAAAAAGAACCAUUAUGAAAAGAGCCUCGAUCAACACUUUAAAAAAUAAUGAACAAUAAUUUGUUAACAUUACAAAGUGCCUCCAGAAAAUUUCGUACGUUCGUAGUGACUUGCACACCUGUUUUCAUGGUGUCACCAUCUCUGAGGUGCCGGGUUUGAUCCCCAGCCGGGUCAGUGUAGAAAAAGUAACUUUUCUAUGUUGUCUCAGGUCUGGGUGUUUGUGGUACCGUCAUUGUUUACGAUUUCCAUAACACAAGUGCUUUAGCUACUUACUAUGGGAUCAGAACACUAUAAUUAUGUGAUGUUGUCUAAUAUAGUAUAAAAAACAAAUACGACUUUUUGCUCAACCUGGGUCAACUGAACAUAGAGCUAGGCCCCAGAAAAGUAAAUGCCAUAUUGCGAGGGAACUGUUGGAAAACAUUUUGAAAAAAAAAAAAAUAAGUUAUGACGCAAUUGAAAGUUUUGUUCAAAUAUUUACUAUUUUUAGUAAACAUUUUAUUAAAGUGUAAGUUACGUUUUCAUAAUUAUAAUGAGAAAUAAAACACAUCUCUAUAUAAAAUUAAUUAUUUAUUAAACACUUUGACACAUAUUUUUAUAUGAUUACUAAACUAAUGCGUUUUAACUUGUUAGACAAUCCGAGCCGAAUUAAUUAAAACAAACGAAUUUAAAUUGAACUUUUGUAAUAAUUCAAAAUAAGUACGUUCUUAAAAACUCUCGAUUUUAAAACGGAUAUCAUUUUUGACAGUGACACUUAAAUGACGCACACUGCGUUCCGUUACAUUCGCUAAUUUCAGUCAAAUCGGAUAAAACCUGUGUAUUACAAGUUGUUUCAAAAAUGUUUCUACUUCGUGCCUUUUUAGUGAUUACAACGACUGUUGGUUCUCUUACCAAAACGAUAACCAAUAAAAAUAAACUCCAACCAACCAUACCGCACAUUUACCCGCUUGAAAUAACGGAUGGUCUUUAUGUAUGCUAAGUUAAAGUAAGGUCUGCAAAAAAUUAUAUACUUAAUAUAUACACACAUAAUUUGCAUUUUUGUUAUAAGUAUUAAUCGUGUAUCACUUUUUUAUCCGACCGCAGCGAUGCCCGAAAGUAAUGUAAUGUUAGGGUAAUAUUUUUCGGCUGGUCUACUUCGGUUGUGAAAAUGGGUAAAUAGCGAUUUUUUGUUGCAAAGUUUAUAACAACGCCACUUCAUUUACAAUCCUGUUUUGACUUAUUUGCGUCCAAUUGCAGGGAACGUUUGUUUUUUUUUAGAAGACGUUUGAAGUUUAAGAACUGCAGGAAGCCA